AUGCUGCUGCUUGAAGAUUACAUGAAGAACGAGGAGCUCCGGGAGCGGACGCACGCCCCGUCACCAGUUGCUGCGGAUCCAUUGGGAGAUGCCGAUGCGACUUCAGCGCCUUCUAAGCAGGAUCCAGGCCCGUCACCUAUAGCCGCAGAGCUCGAAAAGCAAGCUACCGCUGAGCCGAAGUCAGCCCUGUCACCAGUAGCUGCACCGUUCGCGGGAGGAGCUGAGGCUACCGCUGAGCCGAAGCCAGCCCUGUCACCAAUAGCUGCACCAUUCGCGGGAGGAGCUGAGGCUACCUCUGAGCCGAAGCCAGCCCCGUCACCAGUAGCUGCACCGUUCGCGGGAGGAGCUGAGGCUACCGCUGAGCCGAAGCCAGCCCCGUCAUCAGUAGCUGCACCGUUCGCGGGAGGAGCUGAGGCUACCGCUGAGCCGAAGCCAUGCCCGUCACCAGUAGCUGCACCGUUCGCGGGAGGAGCUGAGGCUACCGCUGAGCCGAAGCCAGCCCCGUCACCAGUAGCUGCACCGUUCGCGGGAGGAGCUGAGGCUACCGCAGAGCCGAAGCCAGCCCCGUCAUCAGUAGCUGCACCGUUCGCGGGAGGAGCUGAGGCUACCGCAGAGCAGAAGCCAGCCCCGUCACCAGUAGCCGCACCGUUUGCGGGAGGAGCUGAGGCUACCGCUGAGCCGAAGCCAGCCCUGUCACCAGUAGCUGCACCGUUCGCGGGAGGAGCUGAGGCUACCGCAGAGCCGAAGCCAGCCCCGUCAUCAGUAGCUGCACCGUUCGCGGGAGGAGCUGAGGCUACCGCAGAGCCGAAGCCAGCCCCGUCACCAGUAGCCGCACCGUUCGCGGGAGGAGCUGAGGCUACCGCUGAGCUGAAGCCAGCCCCGUCACCAGUAGCUGCACCGUUUGCGGGAGGAGCUGAGGCUACCGCCGAGCCGAAGCCAGCUCUGUCACCACUCGCACCUGCCCGCGAGAAUGCUGCUGAAGCUACCAUGGGACCAGAUCCUGGGGGAAAAGGCGGAGAAAACCAGCCUGCACUUGUGGACGUGCAUGCCAACGCUACCCAAGCCACUGCGGAUGCUGGCGACGUGGGUGAGGUGUGCGGCCAUGUCCAGACGCCAAGGGAGAUGCAGCGUGGUGUGCUGCGCACCAUGGUGGAGGAAGGGACUACCACAGUUGGGGUCCACCUUGUUGCGAGAUCUAUUGGAGCAGCGUAUGCUUUGUGA